AUGGAGCCUGAAGAUCAGAUUUAUGUCAAUUUAGAGGAGCUGCAGGGAGACACAGACGGCCUUAAAUGUCACAGACCUGAGGGAACAGGUAAGCCUGCGAGUUAAAUCAGUUCAGGGUGUUAACCGAGUGCAGAAGGUUAGGAAGCAGAGGGAGAAGAAAACUGGAGAAUUAAUGGAAAAGAAAAACAGAAUUUUAAUUACAGGAACAAAAGAGGACAAAUUUAACUAAUUAUUGUAGCUUUGAGGGAUUGUGGAUGUUUCUUUUCUUAAAUUAUUUUCUGUUAUAUUGUUUUCAUGUUGAUCCUGUCACAUCAUUUUGUUUAACUGUUCUUGAUACGGAAGCCCAAGUUAGACAAAAAUACUGUGAAUAACAAAAAUGCAGUCCUCUUACUGGAAAAAAGUUAGCACUGAAAGGAAGUUUUGAUUGAUCAAGGUCUUUUUUAUUUCAAAAUAUAACAAACAAAGGAAAUACAAUCGACACACGAGACAGUCAAGUCUAGUUCCUGUACAUUGUUCCUUUUUUUGAAGCGUUUUCUUUCUUUUCAUUUAUAAAAGUAUCGUACUAAGUUUUUGACUUCAUUCAUGGCCUCAAACAAAUGGAAAAUAAGAGUCUAGUUCAGAUUUAUAGAUGAUCGGGUGUUAAAAAAAAAACACUUGGCACAAAGUUUUUUGUUGUUGUUGUUCUCUUGCCUUUCUGGGCUUCCAUAGAUUUCUGAUUUAAAGGUAAAUAAAUAUUUGCUGAAUUUUUAUUAAUUAUUUUUAUACUAGAAUUUAUUCAAACAUAAACAACAGCUAAAUAUAGUACAAAUUAAAGACAUAAACACACACAAAAAACAUUUAAAAAAAAGAAAGAAAACAACCAAAAAGACAAAUAAUUUUGUCAUUUGUAUUGUCAGUAGAUGAUUUGAUCACUUAAUAGUUUAUAUCUAUUUACUUAUUAUUAAAAAAGAAAACUUUUAGAAAUUGUUAUUAUAAAAAAUAUUAAUGCACAGGGGCCAAAAAAAUGUCUGCAGGAUUAUUCACAUAAGACAGACUUUGAUCAAACCCUCAGUUUAAAUGUCAGUUCACACACACUAUAGCUGAAAUUUUAAUCCUUUUACAGCACUUGUAAAAACUUCUCAUGGUGCAAAUUUAUGAUCUGCUUUAUUACUUUAUUAUGUAACGUCUCCAAACAGGAAGGCCCCCCCUGAGCCCUGAACACUGCACACCUGCAGACACCAAACCUGUGACAACUGAUGACACAUGGACACUUUUUAAAUCCUCCACGGUCUGUCUGGGCCUCCUGAGCUUCCUCCUUCUGACCGCAGUCAUCACCGUCGGUGUGCUCUGUGAGUAUUUCUUGAGAAAAGCCAAAGGGGAAACAGAGAGACCAGAAAGGAGGAUGAGAAAAUCAGAUGAGGUAACAUUUGGGGUUUUGUACUUGACUAUUUCUCUUCUCUAUUUUCAGAUAACAGAGACUUUUCCCAGCUGUCUACAGACUUGGCCAAUCGCACCGCAGAGAAGUAUCAGCUCCUGGCCCAGAACCAGAACCUGACUGAGGAGAGAGACCAGUUGCAAAUCAAAUUUAGCAACCUGACCAAGGCUGUGGGUGAGGAUUUAUACUGCAGAGGAGACAGGUGUUGGUGGUCGACGUCACACAGCUUUUUUCUCUUGAAUAGGGGACCACACACACACACACACACACACACACAUGCUGCUGUGUGUGAUUAUGUAACACCAAACAUCAAAUAUGGUUAAUCUGACAUGGUGUGACUGUGCAGACUAUCACAAACUUCAUUUAAAAAGUUUUAAAACCAUUUUUGGUGAUACAGAUACAGAGUGGGGGAAGCCAUGAAGCAAAGGGUUGUGGGCCUGUGACCAGCUUCUACUAUGACAAAAACUACAGCCUUUAUAGUGGUGCUCUGUGCAGCUCUAUAACCAACAAAAUGCCAUGCAUCGUGCAGUCUGAUCCUUUUUUAUAAUCACCACCAAAUUUUUUUUCAACAGCUUGAGUUCCAGUUGCUUUUUGUCUCUUUAAUUUUCUGCUAUAGAGGGUUAGACAACCAGGGGUACUAGUAAGGAGCUCCUUUUUGUCCCUGAGCUCCCUCAUAUCGUCGCUGCAGAUGUCCUGCUGCUGUAGACGUGCUAUGAAAUAGUUAGCAUGAGAUACAUGUUGAUGCACAGCUGAAAAAACUAAUGAUUUCUGCACCACAACUCUAAAGUGAAGGGACUUGCAUACAUUUGAUUUAUGAUCAUUAAACUUGUACAGAUUUAUCAUCUGUUCAUAAACUUCAUCAGUUUUUGACCAAAUAUUGCUAUUAUUACUCCUAUUUGCUUCAGCUGUUCUUUGUGAUCAGUUUUGAUGAGAACUAGGGCUGAGCGAUAAAACGAUAAUGAGAUAUAUAGAAAAUUAAUUUCCCUCGAUAUCGAUAUAAAACAUGGUCAAUAUGCUUUUCGAUAGCCUGCAUUCUGCCAUGUUUUGGUAGACUAUACGCAUGCUCACUGCAAAUUAUGUCGAAUACAUGUUCUUGCAAAGUCGGUGAAUACCUCAAAUCUUUUUCACCACCUCUAGCAGUGCCACACAGCAGAGCACACAGCAGAGCACGCACAAUGCAAAAGGUUACAAACCCCGAGCGGAGCAAGGAACCCAUGGAGCCUGUGCAGCCGAAACAGCCGACUAUUCAGUCGGCUUUCUCUAACGCAACGCCUUAUGACAAAAUGUCAAAAGACACAAAGACCUCACAGAUGCAGUAGAUUAUUGUAUUGAGAAUGACAUGCUACCAAUAAGCACUGUUAAAUUUUGUGAUAUCAACUGAUAUGAAAAAAAAGGAUUGUGAUUCCUUUUUCCCAUAUCGUCCAGCCCUAAUAAGAGCAUUUUUACAUGCUAACAUAUGCUAGCUACCUAUGUUGUAUUUGUUAUACCACAUUUUAUCAGUGUAAUGAAUCAUGAGCUUUCCUCCUCCUCCUGACUGCUGCUGCAUGACUUUAUUUCCUCUUAUGUUUCUUAUGAUCACUGCUGUGUUUGUUCAGGUAUGUGCCCCGAUGGAUGGAAGAGGUUGGGUUUGAGCUGUUACCUCUUUUCCACGGUAAGACAGUCAUGGUCCAGCAGCAGAUGGAAAUGUCAAAGCUAUGGAGCAGAUCUGGUGAUCGUCAGAAGUCAGACAGAGAUGGUGAGGACCUGACUUGGUUCUUGAAACUUGACAUUAAAAUUUGUGCAUAACUGAUUUUUUUUUACCUUUAACCCUUUCAUGCAUGAAUUAUGAUAUAUUGAGUUAAAAAAUUCUUACUAUGUGUUUUUAUUCAAUAUAAGGCAUAUAAAUAAUAUUGCAGUUGGAAUUUUUUUUUUACCUGUUUCUGCUAAGUUUUUAGUGACAUGUCCACUACAGCGGACAACAUGCAUUUGGUCGACAUUACAGAAAAUGAAUUGUAUUAAUACAAAUAAUAGAACCCCACCCCAAAAAGGAGUCAAAACAAUUAGAUUCACAUUUUAAAACAUUUAAAUUCUGUUUAAAUGUACAUUACAAAACAUGGCUUGUGUCAAACAACAGCAACAACAACUGUCAUCUGUGUCAAACGAACCAUGAGCCUAAUUAGGCUUCAGGCCAGGUGCUACAACUUCAGCCAGCACACUCAAAGCAAAAACAAAUGCCAUAGAUUGGAUCAUUCAUGAAAAUAAUAAUUACAAUAAUAAACAAAAGAAAUAGUGACUUAGUGACUAUCCAAACACAUUCAGUUGUCGAUGCCCUGUACUACAUUAGUUCACAUUUGAAAAGAAGGCACACAGUGAUAUUGCAUCGCUGGACGAUGGCAGUUCCUCUACAUUUCUGUACUUCCUCUGGUCCCUCUCUGUGUGUGAACCCUGCAUAUAAUAAAUAACAUAAUGUGAAAAAUAUUGCACAACCAAUCAAUCUUUCUUUCUAUUUAUCUUAUAUAUGUAUAUAUAUUUUUUCCAUUGUUUUUAUAAUAUUUUGUGCAUGCACUGUUUGUAGUGUGUGUGUGUGUGUGUAUGUGUGUGUGUGUGUGUGUGUGUGUGUGUGUGUGUGUGUGUGUGUGUGUGUGUGUGUGUGUGUGUGUGUGUGUGUGUUACAAUGCGUGCACAAAAUAUAUUUUUGCAAAAAAUGUUUUACAAACAUUGCAAAACUUGCACAAAGGCUGCACAAAAUACAAUAUAUACUAUGCAUGCACAAAAUAUAAAAUACAUGCACAACAUUAAUUUUUUGAUACAUACAAUACAGGUUACCUUUUAAUAACAUAAAAUGGUUGGUUUUAACUGAAAAGGUAAGCUUGAAAUCAAGCAUUUUGCAGAGAUAAGGAGUUACACCAUUUGCAUGUAUUGUAGUAGAAAUAGUAUAAGUCAUGCAUGCUGUCCACCGUAGUGGACAAAUGGAAAAUUCCAAUUUCCUCAGAACAUAAAAGCAAUGCAUGGAAUUUUUUGCAACUAUAGUAAUUAUUAGAUGUUACUUUAUCCCAAAAUAUUUUUUUUACCUGCAGGGCUCUGCUUUUAUAAAAGGAAGCAGUGGAAAUCCCAGAGGUGGAGGGUCUGUUCUCAGCAGAGGCAGCCAUCUUGAAUGUUGACGUGUUUUUUCUGCAGUUGCAACACAUGGCCAGAUGGCACCAGUGUUGGACUCAUUUUCCAGGGUCUACUGUAGUGGCUAACAUGCAUUUGUAGCAUCAAACCUCUAUUUUUAUAAUAGAAAAUGACCUUUGAAGAUUUGUCCACUGUAGUGACCGUUAUACGUGAAAGGGUUAAAAAGGUGUUUCUGAAUAAGUUUGGACAUCAUUUGAAGUUCUGGAUCGGUUUGAGUAAGAGUCAUCUGACUAGCUGGAGAUGGACUGAUGGAUCAUCACUGAAAACUGGGUAAGUGUUUGAAAAUCUUCGAAAAGUUCAAGAUCCAAACUCAAAAAACAUGAAAAAGUUCAACAUUUAAAUAUUCCCCCAAAAGUUUGUUAAUAGAGCUACUUGAUUUGAAGUGACGGAGAUCCAAUGUACAAAAAAUUAGCAAAAAUUGUUGGACAUUUUCAAACAAAAAGAUAACAAAGGUUACAUAAAAUUUGAUUGAACGUUUUUGUUAAAAAGUCUCAUUAGAGUCUGUGAGCUUUUCCUUGAAAAUUGGUGUGUUUAAAUUGUCCAAAAUUAUCAUUGAAAUUCUUAGUUUCCCCAAAAAUCUUCAUAAAAAUUGCCUUGAGUUCGACAGUUUUUAAAAUUUUUUUGAAGCACAUCUUCUAAAAGGUUAAACUGACAUACUCAAAAAUCCAAAAUAAGAAUUUUAAAAUUCUAAAACAAAAAAAAAAAGUCAAGGAAAUUUUAAAUUCAGAACUCCCGUGGGUUCUCACAAAUUCAGUUCAUCAUUUUACUGGAAAACAUCCACAGUUCUGGAAAUUUCACUAAAAAUUCUUGAUUAUUUUACUGUUAAAUUUUCUUUAAAAUCUCAUGUUAUUAUUUCAUUUAUGUAAAAAGUUUUGAAAAUUCCUUAGAAUUAUUUAAGAGUUUGAUUGAAAUCUCUGACAGCUGGAGAAAAAUUUCUAUUAAAAUUUCAGAGAAUUUAUGUAAUUUUCAGAGCUUGAAUAAUUUCCAACAUUUUGGAAAUUUCUACUAAAGUUCAAAAAUUCCAGGAAGUAAUUGAAUAUUUAGACAUUGCUAUUUCUUACAUGCUGAGUUUCCUUCAUCCAUCAUCCCUUUGAACUGUUCUGUCUCUGUUUGUAGGUUCUGGCAAGAUUAUCGACCAACGCACUAUAUAAGGACUGAGCAAUGUGCAGCUUUUAACAGCUUUCAGUUUAGUAUCUACCUCAGUUCUAUCAAAUCCUGGACUGAUGAACAUUGUAACACUGCUCUACCUGGGGUUUGUGAGAAGAAAGUUGAAAUUCCUCUUUAA